GUUUACCAAGAGUUAAGACAAGCGGAGAUCAAAGGCCUUAAUGUUUAUAAAAAAGAUAAUAUUCCCGAAAAGUUUCACUUUAAAAACAAUAAAAACGUUUUACCCAUUUUGUUGACCACCGAUAAGGGAUAUCUCAUACAAGCGCCGCGCAUUAAAUCCAAAGUAUAUCCGGAUUACGAGCGCAGCGAAGACAAUGAGCCCAAAGGUGGUGGCCAUGGCUUUGACGCCGACUAUGUCGACGAAAUGCGGGCCAUUAUGUAUGGGUUCGGGCCGUCGUUCCGACGGAACUACGUGUCGGAACCGUUGGAAAUGGUCGACCACUACAACCUGUUCUGCCGUUUGUUAUCAAUUCCGAGUCAUCCCAAUAAUGGCAGUGAAGACAGAGUUGAAAAAUUGCUCAAAGAAUACGAAGUGAAUGAUAACAGCGAUGAAAGUGAUUACGACGACAACGAAGACAACGAUAAUAAUGAGGACAACGAUGACGACAGUGUUUCUCACUUACAAUUACAUUCAUUUCUCAUUUAUGGUGUCUUCGUUACAAUCAUUAUAUCACUGUUUUAGGCAUAUCUUUCAUCUAUAGUUCUUCAUUCAGUGGUAGGUAUGAAUCAAUUUGAAAGUCACUGAAAGUUAUAUCUGAUAAUAACCG